UAAACAAUUUAUAGCCCGUAUAAGAAUUGUAAAACAAUGAGUUGGCAAAUACAUUAAUUUGAAAUAAUUAAACAUAAGAUAUUAUGGAUAAAUAAAAGAGUCAGUGAAUUAGUUUUAUUGUUAGAUUUGUAAGAAUACGGACAGUGAGAGGGGUUGGAAUGAAAACAAGAAUAAGAAUUAAUUUCUGUUCACAACUCAAAAAAAAAAAACCAAAACCAUUGAAACAGAGUUUUAGCAUUCCGUUGUAAGUGAAUGUCUUAAUUGAAAUUUAACAGAGAUUCAGCGAUGGUGAGGAAGUCGUACAAUUGUAGUUCUUAAAAAUUCGAGUAAACUCAACGCAACAGUUGAACCCGCUCUUGAACCCAGAAAAACAACAUCGACGCAAAGCAGCAUGGCGGUGAAUGGUUAUGUUUACUUAAUAAAACAAGCGACAAUGGCACUUUAUCGAUUUUAGUCCGCUUUCCUGUUGUUUAUCAUGAGUUUACGCGCUCGGUUGAGGAACAUCACGAGCGACGAGGGAGUUCUGAUCUUGGACGGCGGAUUAGCAACCGAAUUGGAAGCUCAAGGUGCACAACUGCAGGGAGAUCCACUUUGGAGCGCCGGGCUGUUGCACAGCAACCCUCAAGCGAUCAAAGCUGCUCAUCAGAGCUUCCUUCAGAACGGCGCUGACGUCAUCACCAGCGCCACCUACCAGGCCACCGUCCGAGGCUUCGUCCAACACUUGGGCGUCACUUGCGACGCCGCCAGGGAUUUGCUGGCGUCCGGGUUUCGCCUGGCGGAAGAGUCCGCGAGGGCGUUUGGUUCUCGCCGGCCGCCGCUGGUGGCGGCGUCGGUGGGGCCCUACGGAGCCUUUCUGCAUGACGGCUCGGAGUACCACGGCGGGUACGCUGAGAAAAUGGACAUAGAGGAGUUGAAAGCUUGGCAUCGGCCUCAACUGGAGUGUUUGGCGGCGUCAGGGGCGGACGUCUUCGCCUUGGAGACCGUCCCCAGCGUCAAGGAGGCAGCAGCGCUGGCAGAGCUGCUGCGGGAAUUCCCAAACUGCGACGCCUGGAUCUCCUUCUCUUGCAAGGACGGGACGCGUCUGUCGGACGGGACGCCGUUCCGGGACGCCGUCCGUGCGGCGGGCGGGUCCGCGCAGGUGCUGGCGGUCGGCGUCAACUGUUGCCCUCCGGAGUGGGUGGAGCCUCUGCUGAAUUCGGUUGCGGGCCUGAGGAGCCCCGAGAGGAGGUGGGUGGUGUACCCCAACAGCGGAGAGGAGUGGGACAGCCGACGGGGAUGGCAAACAUCAGAGAAAAUGGUGAUACCGGCUCUAAGUGGCAAGUGGAUCAAGCAAGGGGCAGCUUUAAUCGCACCAGGAUGAAAUUUGAAAAUGCAAAACUUGAAAGCAUUUCUCAUCGUUCAGGGGGUUGCUGCCGCGUUCGUCCGGAACAAAUCGGCGAGCUAAGACGACGCUUAAAGGGACGCCACCCGACGGAAGAAGCAGAC